AUGACGAAUCUCAUUGGGUAUCUCUCAGCAUUCAUGAGCUGUCCACAUGUGUCCAAUAGAACCCAAAAGGAGCUAAACAGAUUAAGACUGCGUUUCUGUUGUAAUGCCACAGAUUUAUUAUACCUGACAAAGAAGAACACAGCUGUGAAUCAAAGUAUUACAUAUGAGACCUCAAAUAGGGUGUACAAAGUGGGAGCUGCACUUCACAAAAUGCUGCCUGAGGACUUUCCCUGGAGUAGCCGUGGUCAUCUGGGCCGAUGCGCUGUGGUGGGCAAUGGGGGGAUUCUGAAGAACAGCAGUUGUGGAAGAGAGAUUGACAGUGCAGACUUCGUCAUCAGGUUGAACUUGGCUCCCGUUAAUAGCAGUGAUGUUGGGGUAAAGACUGAUCUAGUGACCAUCAAUCCCAGUCAGCUCUCAGCAGAUUUCAGAAAUAUGGCUGUGAAUCCAGGUCUGCUGGUGCGGCACGUGAGUGUGUAUGGAAAUGCGUCUCUGAUGAUUCCAGCCUUUGCAUACACAGUCUGCACUGCGGUGUCAAUUAAAACACUCCAGGUGCUCCAGCCGAUCAGGCCUCAGCAGCCUGUGGUGUUCUUUAGUCCAUACUACCUCAAGACAUUGGACCGUUUCUGGAAGGGGCUUGGCCUGAAAGAAAAACGCCUCUCCACAGGUUUCAUGUUAGUUAAUAUGGCACUAGAGCUGUGUGAUGAUGUGCAUUUAUAUGGAUUCUGGCCAUUUGACAUCAAUCUAAAGCAGCAGACACUUCAACACCAUUAUUAUGACAACAAACCACCCAAACCGUUCGUGCACGCCAUGCCAGAGGAGUUCAUCUACUUGUUACAGCUUCACAGCCAGGGGGCGCUAACACUGCACCUACAGCCCUGUUUAUAA